AUGAAAACUUCUGACGAACGAAACCCCUUUGAUGCUACUGUAGCUUGUAUGCUGAGCAUCUUCACUUUGGGCUACUUUUCCAUAUUCCUGUGUCAAUUCAUCAUUUUCCGCUUUCCUGCUACCCAAGAAUACAUCCCCAUGGCUCUAUCGAUGAUUGCAUUCGGCAGCGGCGUCAUACUCUGGAGUUUGUGUGUUUCCUCUCACCAAGCGUUUAACGUAUUUGAGGUUCGCACAGCUCAGGAACAAAAGAACAUCACCUGGUGUGGCCUAUUGUUCCUUAUUUGGACAGCAGCUCUUCCCACGAUUGUGAUUCUCUUUCCCGCACAGCCCCUUCUGCAGUUGGGAUAUGUGAUUGUUUUCACUAUCAUAGCCCUGGGGAAUUUGCCGGAGUACGCAGCCGCAGAUAAGACGGUUACCGAAACCCCGCCCCCUCGAUUACCGAUUCAUAUGAUCUGUGUCGUUCUAUUGGCAUUAGUUCCAACCGUGCAUGCGCUUGCAGAGCCCGUCACUACGAGCUCAUCUUUGGCGACUGCUUUUGGGCGUUUCGUACUCAGCAGCACAUUGGGCGCCGCUGUUUACCUCUUCGAACCGUUCGAGAAAAUCAUUGUCACGUCAAACUGGAACCCAAGUCUUCAUAUCAUGCAUUUGAUCCUCGUGUUCAGUCUCAUCUCAUAUUCUCGUGUUGUAUUCGACGAAGUGGCAUCGCGAAUGUCUUGA